AUGCCGCCCAAACGCUCCGCCCCCAGCUCUUCCACCGUACCCGCGAAACCCUCAAAACGCGCCCGUCUGGGUUUGGACAUCACCGAAGACGCGUUGGAGGAGAUGGACAAGCAAGAGCUCAUCUCCCACAUUCUGAAGCUCCAAUGCCACAUCGCUAGCACUGCCAAUGAGACGCCAUGGAAGCCCUCCUGCAAGACCAAAAGCGCGAAAUUCAGCUACGAGGCCACUGUCACCGACCCGGCCAUCUUCCACAAGCUGUUCAAGAUGCCCGCCGGCUGGAAGAAGAAGCAGUUGCAGUACUCGCCGGAGGAGUUUGCGGAGGUCACGCGCUGCUAUAUCGAGGCGAGCAUUCGGUAUGGUACGCUGAGCAUCUAG